AAUUUUCAUAGUGUUAACAUAGAAAAGAUUGUGCCUAAAAGUAUGCAACGUUAUGGAGAAAAGAAAGAAACGCCUUCGGAUGUUUUGCUGCAUUUGGCAGCACUCAGAGGUGAUGAUAUUACGCUGAGACGAGUCUUGGAUAGCGGAAAAGUCCAUGUGGAUUGUAAAGAUGAGGAUGGCACAACUCCCCUCAUAUUAUCAGCUGCCGGAGGCCAUACAACAUGUGUACUGGAACUUUUGGAACAAGGAGCCGAUCCAAAUAGUCGACGUGCCACCGGUACAACACCAUUAUUUUUUGCAGCUCAGGGUGGUUAUUUGGAUGUAGUGAAAAUAUUAAUAAAAGCUGGGGCCAGUGUGGAUACACCAUCGGUGGAUGGUGGAACACCAUUAUUUGUUGCCGCCCAAGGUGGACAUGUAAAAUUGGUUAAGGAACUUUUGGACUGUGGUUCCAAUGUAAAUGCAUGCAUGAAGGAUCGUGCCACACCAGUAUUUAUAGCAGCUCAAAAUGGCCAUAGAACAGUAUUGUCACUGCUGCUGACAGCAGGUGCAUACCCCGACACAAAACGCAUCGAUGGUGCUACACCACUGUGGAUAGCGGCGCAAAUGGGUCAUGAUCACAUCUGUAAAGUAUUGCUGCAAAAUGGGGCAAAUGUGGAUGCUGUUCGAUGUGAUGGAGCCACGCCACUAUUUAAGGCAGCACACAAAGGACAUGCCGCUGUGGUUACAGAACUAUUAAAACAUAGGCCAAAUUUGGGUUUAUUGCCAAAUGGCGAAACCGCAUUACAUGCCGCUGCCAUGUUUGGUCACAUGACCGUUGUGAAACAACUAAUAGCUGCUGGUACCGACAUCACACAACUAAAUCAGGAUGGUCUAACAGCACUGCAAGUAGCGCGCCAACAAAACUAUUCUUCUAUAUGUGAUUACUUGCAGGAACGAUUACGAAACUUGCAGGCCAGAAAUCAACAAAGCUAA